GUGUGUGUCUUUCAGAUUUUAUUCACAGUAGAUCAAAACAUUACAUUAUUAAACUAUUUUAUUAAAUAAUAAUUCCUUGUAAUGCUCAUACCUCACCAGCAGAUGGCUGUACUAUCAAACUCUUAGCUGAUUCCCUGGUGAGUGUCUACUGGAAACAUUACAAUAAGACAAUAUUUUUGGAAGUCUGUUAAAUAUUUAUUACAUCCAUGCUUAUUUGGAAGAUGAUUACAUUUUAGUUAAAUAAAUGACCCAAAUGUAGAUGCAGAUGCAGAUAUCAGUGGGUUCAAAUGACAAGUAAAUUUAGUCAAUGGAGCACUUAGUGGCUAUAGAAUGACGUCAUAGUAAAUCUUUAGACUUUAUCGGUGUGCCAGAGUCAUGGGACAGAGCUGAUUGGCUGGCUGGAGCCUGUCUGUCUGACGAUUGGAUGAUAGGAGAUAAUUAAACUCCUACACAUAUCAUACAGCACUUCUCGUAGUGAAUAUAUAGGUGUUGGACAUUGUAGUUUCACACAGUUAAACCAAGUUGUCAAGUUCACUGAAUCUUUAUUUUUAUUGAACAGGAAGUCGUAUACACUCAAGGUGAGGUUACAAUGGUCAUGUUGAAGGUCUCUUCCUUCCUUGUCGUUUAUGCCAUAGUUGUGUGCCAGAUGUACAGCUCACAUGCUGCCCCAGCGAGACCUGCUACAGAAUCUCUGACAGACCGACUUGCACUCAUGGACUAUGAAGCGCGCCGAUUAUUGAGCGCUAUAGUCAAAAAUGUUGUUCAGACGACAGUAGAGGACCUGGAGCCAACCAAUGAUGAAAACAGCCAGGGCAGAUUCCUGUCCAAGCGUUGCUCCAAUCUCAGCACCUGCGUGCUGGGCAAACUCUCCCAGGAGCUGCACAAAUUACAAACGUUCCCGCAGACGGACGUGGGAGCCGGUACACCCGGCAAGAAACGCAGCCUGCUUGAAGGCAAUCAGUUUACCAGCUAUGAAGAAACAUUUAACAGCAUUUAACUUUAAUGCUUUUAUGCCUCACCCCCCUGUAUUAUACUUUACCAACUUGUUGCAUGUGUAUUCUGCCUGCUUGACUGAUCACACACAAAUGCCUGGUUGCAUUGAUCUUUUCUUCCUUUCUUUCAGCAGAGACAGGCAUGAUUGAAAACUUAAAUCUUAAAUUUCUUCUAUACAGUACCUCAUUAAUAUAAAUGGCAAAUUCAGGGGUAAAAGUUUAUGCAUUAUACCUCUGGAAUAACUGAAUAUAUGUAUGAUAAAAGUAACACUUACUGACAAUAAUCACAAUCAUUGUUUGUUUCAUGUGCUCUUUCAGUUCAAUAAAUUUAUUUUUAUAUCAGAAACUCUCUGAUAUAUAUAUAUCGUUUAUUUCUAAAUCAAUUACAUUUAUUGGAUAUUCAUUAAAAUGGGUAUACUUCUGUGUUAUUAAUGACUCAUCAAAACAUCAAGAAUUCUACAGGUAAGACUUCUUUAUAAGAUAACAUAUGUGAACAUAAUGUUUUUUAUGUUUAAUUAUAAGGUGAUAUUUUAACGUUACAGUUUUAUACAGAUAUUUGUUUUUUACACAGUAUUUUAAUAAAGUAACAUAAUGAUGACUGAUGCAAAAUCAAACAUUAUCAGGGGCUCUCCUACAGAUAUUUUUCUUUGUUUUUCCUAAAGCAGUGUUACGGCACAGAAGCGUGCAUGUAAUACGGCCACAUGUGUGACACAUCGUCUGGCAGAUUUUCUCAGUCGCUCCGCUGGAAUGGCCAAUAGCAACUUCAUUCCAACCAAUGUGGGCUCUAAAGCAUUU